AUGCGGCACGUAGAUGCAUUGAGCCGAUAUCCGUUGCCAACAUCAAUGAUAAUAGAAGAAUGCGAAGACAGCAUGCUGGCAAGACUCCGUCAUAAUCAACUGGAAGAUGAAGAACUGAAAAGUAUCAGAAAACAAGUGGAAAAACAGAAAACAGACGAAUUUGUGAUGAUAAAUGGACUGCUAUGCAAAAAGAAUGAUGACGAUACUCCCAUCGUUGUACCAAAGUUGAUGCAGAUCUCUGUAAUUCGUCAUGUUCACGAGCGCGGUCAUUUCGGAACUGCAAAGACAGAGCAACUGUUGAAAUCUGAUUAUUGGAUGAAGAAUAUGCAUUCAAAGGUCGACAAAGUAAUUCGGAACUGCCUUACGUGCAUUAUGGCUAUGAAGAAAACCGGCAAACAAGAAGGGUGGCUCCACCAAAUUGAUAAGGAAGCCCCGCUAGAUACCUACCACAUAGAUCACCUAGGACCGAUGCCGUCCACGCAGAAGAAAUAUCAGUACAUACUUGCAGUGAUAGACGCUUUUACAAAGUUCGUAUGGCUCUACCCAACGAAGAGUACCACGACAACAGAAGUUCUAAAUCAUCUAAUGGAGCAGUCCGCCAUCUUUGGAAAUCCCAGACGAAUAGUAUCCGACCAGGGGACAGCCUUCACAUCCCAUGAUUUUGAAUCUUAUUGUAAGGACGAAGGUAUUGAGCACAUCGCCAUCGUUACUGGCGUACCAAGGGGCAAUGGACAAAUCGAACGCCUAAACCGCACGUUAAUUCCAUUGUUAACCAAGCUGUCUAUACCUCACUCGACGCAGUGGUAUAAAUUUGUUACACGUGCUCAACAAUAUCUAAAUCAAAUGCCAAGCCGAAGCACAGGAAAGACGCCGUUCGAUCUUCUAUUCGGAACACGAAUGAGGCUGAAGGAAGAUCCACAAAUAAAAGAAAUUUUGGAAGCGGAAAAUGUCAAUUCCUUUCAAGAAAAACGUGAUCAAAUACGAGAAGAAGCACGUGAUGCGAUUUUGAAGAUGCAAGCCGAAAAUAAACAAAUUUAUAAUCGGAAGCGGAAGAAACCAAAUAUUUAUGGCGAAGGCGAUCUAGUAGCUAUUCAAAGGACUCAGGGCGGACCAGGCUUGAAACUCUGUGCAAAAUAUUUGGGGCCUUACCAAGUCAAACGCACUUUGCGCAACGAUCGCUACAUUGUAGAAAAAAUAGGCCAAGGAGAAGGUCCAAAGAAAACCUCAACAGCUGCAGAUCAUAUGAAGCCAUGGGCCGAACCACGCGAAGAUCCACCAAGCAACGGAGAUCACACAAACGACAUCUGA